AUGGUCGCGAUUGCCGAACUUUCUGCGCUUUUCAAAGCAUCUUUGGAUCCUCAAACGCGUAAACAGGCGGAAACAAUACUCGAACAGUCCUCGCUGCAGCCAGGAUUCGCGGUUGACCUACUCGCGCUCACAUUGGACAAUGCUCAAGACCGAGCCAUCCGUCUUUCUUCUGGAGUUUACUUAAAAAAUAUCGCGCGGAAGCGAUGGACUCUGGAUCCGGAAGACGACGUUCAACCUAUACCCGAGGAUGACAAAAUACGCUUACGACAAAACCUCAUCCUGGCAAUGAUUCAGCUCUCUGGACCUAGCGACAAAGCCUUGCGGGCUCAGAUUGCGGAGUCAGUUUCUCUAGUCGCAGCCGCAGAUUUCCCAUCGCAAUGGCCAACUCUGUUUGAUGAACUCGUCAACUCACUUUCGCCAACUCAACUCCAUCAAACACUUGCCAUCUUGGAAACAGCGCAUUCGAUUUGUGGUCCAUGGCGCUCGGCUAUUCGUAGCGAUAACCUGUAUACGAUGAUCAACCUCGUCCUGGAUCGAUUCGCCAAUCCGUUUCUUCAAGUGUUCCGUGUCUUUGCCGGCGCACUCUUCGAGAAACAGAUUCCAAAUGACCUGGAUGUACAAGCACAGAUUUCACUACGAAUGCUUCAGCUAUACUACGAUCUCACCGCACAGGAUCUUCCACCGAUUUUCGAGGAUUCUCUCAACGAAUUCUUCGCCCCGACAACGGGAUGGUUUCCCCGAUACCUCCAAUGGGAGUCAAAGGAGCUGGCUGGGGAGCCCGACGAUACAACCCCUAGUCUUUUGUCCAGUAUUAAAACCACGGUCCUAGAGAUCGCCGAGCUGUUCACCUCGAGAUACAGCGAGCUCUUCGGGGAUUCUACGACGAUAUCAAGCUUUAUUCAAACCGUUUGGAUAAUUGUAUCAGGCGGCGCGUACACCGCUGUUGGAGACGAUCCUCUGAUCGCCCAGUGUAUGCGUUUACUGUCGACAACCAUCAGGUCUGGGCAAUAUAAGGACAUAUAUAACGAGCGAAAUGCCUUGGAAGAACUCGUCAGAGGCAUCGUUGUACCCAACGUGCAACUCAGAGAUCACGAAGUCGAGCAGUUCGAAGAUGAUCCCCUGGAAUUCAUCCGCCUGGACUUGUCCCUCCCAUCAUCAAGUGCGGGAACGGCAUCCUUCUCGUCAAGUGGCGGAGGAGAUGGAACAACUCGAAGACAGGCAGCCGCUGAUGUCGUACGGUCACUGGUUAACAAUGGAUACGAGCAACAGGCCACUGAAAUUGUCUCCUCGUGGGUGAACCUUGGUCUUCAGCAAUAUACAAAAGACCCAGGAGAGAAUUGGAAGUCCAAAGAUUCUGCAAUCUUCCUCAUUAGUGCAGUAGCAGCGCGAGGAGUGACAACCCAGCAAGGAAUCACAUCUGUCAACCCACUCGUAGAUGUCGUCGACUUUUUCUCCAAGUUUAUCGCCCAAGAUCUCCAGAGUGCGACCGCUGCCCAUCCUGUUCUUCAAGUCGACGCGAUUCGCUUCCUUUAUACAUUCAGAAGUCGGCUAUCAAAGGAGCAACUCCUUUCGGUUCUGCCAUUGCUUGUGCAGCACUUAUAUUCGCCAAACUAUGUUGUAUACACAUACAGCGCAAUCGCCAUCGAGCGUAUUCUGUUCAUGAAACAACCCCAGUCUACCAAGCUUCUGUUUGAAGCUGGAGACGUGAGUUCGUUCGCUCAAACUGCAAUUGAGGCUCUCCUGGCCAAAAUGGAGGCGGGAAAAUCUCCUGAGAAGAUUGCAGAGAAUGAGUAUUUGAUGAAAUGUGUCAUGAGAAUCGUGAUAGCUGCACGAGGCUCCUUGGCCGGCACCCAUGACCGACUCCUGAAUAGGAUCAUCGCCAUCUUGGGCGCUGUCAGCAGAAACCCCAGCAAUCCAAACUUUAACCAGUAUACUUUCGAGACUGUGUCUGCACUUAUUAGGUUCAUCGUUCCUGCUUCCCCUACAUCGCUUCCUGCAUUUGAGCAAGGCUUGCUUGGGCCGCUUACUUACAUCAUCCGAGAGGAUAUAGAUCGUAAGAUGCUCGCUUCUGUUUUGUCUCUCCCUCACGGCCAGUCGAUAGAGUUUGUGCCAUACGCAUUCCAGAUCGUUGCUCAGCUACUCGAGCUCAACCAAGGAGUCAUUCCUGACUUUUACAACACCUUCCUUACCGGAAUUCUACAAGUUGCGCCGUGGCAACAAAAGGGCAGUAUUCCAGGCCUUGUGCGCCUCGUUCGGGCCUUCUUGGACAAGGAUUCCACGCGACUCAUACAAACUGGACAAAUUACGACUGUCUUUGGCAUCAUUCAACAAAGGCUGAUACCAUCGAAAUUACACGAUGGAUGGGCGUUUGAGCUUCUGGAAGGGAUAGUAUCCAAUAUUCCUGCUGCCACCAUGCAGCAAUACCUAGGCGAUCUCGUUAUGACUCUUUUGAAGCGAGCGCAAACGAGCCGGACUGACAAGUUUGUUGUGGGUAUGGUUCAUUGGGUCUGCUACACUGCGUCACUCGAAAGCGGUGGGUAUACACCAGAUACGAUUCCAACCGUCAUCAAUCAAAUCCAGGCAAACCUCUGGGUUUCUGUCCUCAAAGGCUUGAUGCUUCCGGUGAUUCCGAAAAUUCCGCCUCAAGACAAAAGACUGGUCAGCAUUGGGCUCGUGAGGUUGUUAUUCGCAGGUCAAGUGACUGCUUCUGCGGCAGACAGCGACGUAUGGCCACUCACAUUUGGCGCCUUACUCGACCUUUUCAGUACUCAGGUUCCAAAAUCCGAGAAAGACGACGACCCAGAUGCCGGAAUCACUGCUAUUGAUUACGAAGAGCAGACAACGGGCUAUCAGGUCGCGUACUCUAAACUCGCAGCAUCCGAAAUAGCACGCCCAGAUCCGGUCGCGUACGCCGGGGAACCGAUGCAGUAUCUGAUGGGCCAACUGUCUCAGGCAGUACAACGGACGGGUCCUGCGACAUGGCAGGCACUCAUCCAACGUUGCCAAAACCCCGCUGCCGCCCAAUUCGUGCAGGCCUACAUGGCAGCUGGGAAUAGGUUCUGA